GAAUCGUACAUUUAGGGAUGGGUAACACGUUAGCAGGCGAAACGCUUGGCACCUGGGAUGAUGAGGAUGUUUUAAAGUGGAAGAAGGACGCAAGAAUGCAACAGCAGACAUUCUACCUUCAGUUUGAAGGCACUCAGUUUCAUGACAUUUCUGAUCUGUCCGUGGCCCUACGCGUCACCAAAAUAGCAUUCGCCAUAAUCGGCCUGCCGACGACGGAGAAGGAGAAACUGGAGGAUGCAUACAGUGACGAGCAGCGCGCAUUUGCUAAAACAGUCUACGAUAAAAUACAUGAAGUCUAUAUGGAGGCCCCUAUCAAGCAAUUUCGACUCGGCUUUAUCUUCAUCUGCUGCAAGGAGGGAGAAAAGCAGUACCAGGUGCCCCUUUUCCGUCUUGUAUGGAACUGUGAAGGCGGUGUCAAUGACGUGCGUUAUAUCGACACGAGCUGUCGCGUUUACAAAUCCGCACAAGACUGGAAGGACAACAAUCGCUUGCCAAUGCUGAAAUAUUGCUAUCCAAAGCGUCUCUUCUACACUUGCUCGGAUUCUUAUGAUUAUGAUUUUGACGUCGAUAAAGAUGUCGUGCUGGAGUACGGAACUUCGCCAGCAUGCGAUCUAACCGCGCGGCUGGGCCGCAUUGGGGACGUCGUCAUCUCAACGACGGCCAUGACAGUCGGGCUCGUGUCAAUGUUCACUCCUGCCGGGUUCGUCAGUGCACCCUUGCUGCUCACCGUUGGCGUUUCAAGUGGCGUCUAUGGUGCUGGCCGCGCAAUAGAUCGGCUCAUAGAUAAAGGCUCCCACGGCGAAUCGUUGGGCGAUCUUGAAAGCAUCCUAUUAUUCGUUGCCAUCGCCGCUUCACCGCUAAACCUGCUGUCUGGCUUCGUGAACGCGCGCCUCGCCGCAGGAGCUGCUGCCGGGCGUAUCUUCUCGCAAACGGAGCGUAUUUUGGCAACGUUGCUCAUCAUGACGACAUUCGGCAUCGAUUCUUUCUCUAUGGUGCUCAACAUCGCAAGCUUGGUGAAGAAGAAAAUGGAAGGCAAUCUUACGAGCUUGGACGUGCUGCAAUUUUCCGUCAGCCUUCUCUUCUUUGCCAAUACCGUCGUGCAGCCAAAGACGGCGACAGGUGUGAUCGCGAAGGCGCAAGAGGCGCGCAUUGGCGCUAUUUCCGAAACAAUGACGGAUCAGCAAGCAAAGGAGGUCUUUAAGGCGUACCUGAAGGAGAACAAGGGCGACGGCGGCAUCAAGGCGACGUCCAAGGUUGUGCGCAACUUGAAUCGCAUGGAGGACCCAAAUGCCUUCUUCAAGGGAGCCGCUGGGUUCAAAUCCAUCCAGAUCGGCGGCAGAAAGGGUAAAACGGUGUUGCUGACUAGCGAACAUGGGCAGGUGCAUAGAGCGAAUCCAAACGACAGGGCCACUUAUUCUGCGGAAACAUUUUCGCAGGUACCCAAAGUACAAAAAAUAGCAAGAUUGCGGCAGUGCCUCGGCGGUGACUAUGAAUGUCACGAACAGCUUGGCCGGCUCAAUCCACAGCAGAAGGCACGGCUUAAUAAGGUCUUCGGUGGCGCUGCAAAGUACGACAAAAGGAUUGUCGAUUACGCUACGAAACUUGCAGAGCAAAUGAACGUACGCAAUGAUCCUGACGCUUUCAUGUCGCUGGUGGAGGUGGUAGCUGCUGAAGCGAGAGGCAACAGAAACUUUGACUUCAACAACACCGCUGAUUUCCAGCGCAAUGUAAAUUCCGACCUUGCUCGGAUUCACAAGUUGGCAGCAUCGAAGCGCCUGCGAUUCGCCGACGACUUUAAGGCGCUGUAUCAUUUCCGCAAGCACGGUGCUGAAUUUAUGGAAAUGUGUGAGCUCAAAUUCUACCUCGGCAAACUACCGAACGACAUUCGUGCAAACGGCAAUCUCACUGAUGUCUGCGACAUAAAAGUUGUUGCACCGGACGGUGCCGUAGAUAUGUUCACGCGUAAAACGUACUACAAGCCGGACGACUCAAUGCUGGUGGUGAUCGAGAAGAACGGCAUGGAGAAGAUCAGCACUAUUUACAAGGAUGCGGGAGGCUGGAAGCAAUUCGAAUCUCGCUUUAACGUCACCAACAUUUCUACGCCCGAGAUUGCGCUGGGGAAGUUCGCUGCGCUUGCCGGUCUCUCUAGCUGGCAGAUGAAGCUACACAGCAUGGAACAUGGAAAAGUCUGGGACAGCCUUGACGCCUGUUCUGUCGGUGACAGAGACCUUAUCGCGAAACUGGUGUCCAUUUUGGUGCAUGAACAGGUCGAAUUUCUCGACAGUAGCGAGGACGAGGGUUUCUAUGAUGAGUAAAUUAUCAGCAUGUACCUACCACGACGUAAAAUUAUUUACAAUAUUACUGAAUACGCUAUGUAUACACAUUUUGUGCCUAUCCUAGUACCAUAAACUGAUAGCUGCCGAAUUACUGUCUUGAAUUUUGUUUUGGAAGAGCUGCACUUUGUAAAACCUACGAUUCUCACUCCAAGCUUGGAGCUA